UUCAUUUUCCAGACAUCGCUACAUCCUGUUGCAUACUAUAAAAUCAUGAGUUGAAACUUCCACGUUUCAGUUUCAUCACAGAAGCCGAACCAUGGGUUUCAGAGUGAAACCAGCAUUCGUGCUUCUUGCGCUUUGCGUCGUCUGCUCGCUGCAAACAACCAAAGGCAGGGAUGACGGGGAUGAUGAAGAGAAUAAGGGUCUGGCUAGCGGAGGAGAAAAGGUAGGUGCACGCCCGGCCCCAAUGAUGGAAAGCGCUGCCGUGAAUAAAAAACCUAACAAAGGCCAAAAAAAGCCACAGCAGCAGCAGCUAGGCGGACAGGCAGCUCAGAAAGCUAAAGCGAGUAAUUCCGCUGGAUCCAACCAAGGAGCAGGCAGUGCACAGCUAAAAAAUAAAUCGAAAGGCAAGAAGAAGGCACAAAACGCUAACGUGAAGGGACGACAAGGAUCUCAAUCGACGCCCUCUGACCCAAAUUAUCCAAAUUAUGCAUACGACUAUCCUGUUGACUCCGGUGUCAAUGGAGGUGGUGGAGGAGGAGGUGGAGGAGGAGGAGGAGGAGGAGGUGGUGGUGGCGGUCCUGGAGGUCGUGGUCGUCCCGGAAAACAUGGUGGACAAGGCGGCUCCUCGGAGGGAAAUUAA